AUGUGCACGUUGACGUCUCCUUCUAAACGCUUACAUCAGGAGAUGUUGUUGCUGCAUUUGUUCACUUAUCGGAGACCUCUUAUCAGCGCUGUCCUGCUGCUUGCUUCGUGUUCGCUAACACCACCAGAGGCGCACGGGAAGAGCUGGGAAAGACAGGACGUGAUUGGACGAGCAGGGUUUUACAACGGCUUCUUUGGCUUUGACACAGUCGUUAGAGCUUGUGUCGGAACCAGGCCACGCAACGAGGGACAGAACCGAGCCGUGGAGGACAGAACCAAGACAAACCCCUGCACACGGAUGAUGGGCCGCAAUGAUGAGAGCCAUGUAACGGCGCGGUGUGGUGACAGCUCCUCUGCUCUGGCCGUAAUUGGAGUUGUGGAUUUAGAGCGGGCCGUUGGCAGUAAUUGGAGCGCAGCCAGCCCCCCCAUCCUCCCGCUCCAUGGCCGGGCCUCCUGCUUCGGGGAUGGGAUGGCUGUAAUGAGAGCGCCGGACAGCGGGAAGCGAGCCAAGGAACCGCGGCGGAGACGGGCCGUGGGGGUGCCGGCGGGGAGUGGGUGUGGUGACAGCUCCUCUGCUCUGGCCGGAAGUGGAGUUGAGGAUUUAGAGCGGGCCGUUUGGCAGUAA